CACUCAGUCGAAGAAGUAGCCGCACUGCAACUGCUGUAAAGACAGAGCUUCCUGCGCUGUUUCUCCUGCCUUUUGUCUCAGGAGCUUAGCACUCACGGCAUCAGUAGAGCUUUAUUUCAAAAUGAAACGAGUUUGGGUGGUAGGGCUGCUUUUCACACUCCUAGCCUUCGCUGCUGUAAGGGCUGAGGAUGAAGUGGAUGUGGAUGGCACAGUUGAGGACGACCUGGGAAAGAGCAGAGAUGGGUCCAGAACAGAUGAUGAGGUGGUGCAGAGGGAGGAGGAGGCUAUCCAGCUGGAUGGUUUGAAUGCUUCUCAGAUUAAGGAACUCAGGGAAAAGUCUGAAAAACAUGCUUUUCAGGCAGAAGUCAAUCGUAUGAUGAAGCUCAUUAUCAACUCUCUCUACAAGAACAAGGAGAUCUUCCUCAGGGAGUUGAUCUCUAAUGCCUCAGAUGCUCUGGAUAAGAUCCGGCUGUUGUCGCUUACUGAUGAAUCAGCGUUGGCAGCAAAUGAGGAGCUCACCAUCAAAAUUAAAUCUGAUAAGGAGAAGAACAUGCUCCACAUCACCGACACCGGUAUCGGAAUGACCAAAGACGAGUUGGUGAGAAACUUGGGCACCAUCGCUAAGUCGGGCACCAGCGAGUUCCUCAACAAGAUGACGGAGAUGCAGACUGAGGGGCAGUCUACGUCCGAGCUGAUUGGCCAGUUUGGAGUGGGUUUCUAUUCUGCUUUCCUUGUUGCUGACAAGGUUGUUGUGACAUCCAAGCACAACAACGACACCCAGCACAUCUGGGAGUCAGACUCCAACCAGUUCUCGGUCAUCGAGGACCCCCGUGAGGACACACUGGGAAGGGGAACAACCAUUACACUGGUCCUGAAGGAGGAGGCCUCAGACUUCCUUGAACUUGAAACCAUCAAGAAUCUUGUGAAGAAAUACUCCCAGUUUAUCAACUUUCCCAUCUACGUUUGGGCUAGCAAGACUGAGACGGUUGAAGAGCCCAUCGAUGAUGACGCUGAGGCAGAGGAAACAGAGAAGGAGACUUCUGAAGAUGAAGCUGAAGUAGAGGAAGAGGAGGAGGAUAAAGACAAGCCAAAGACUAAGAAGGUUGAGAAGACGGUUUGGGACUGGGAACUGAUGAAUGACAUCAAGCCAAUCUGGCAGAGACUGGCCAAGGAGGUUGAAGAGGACGAAUACAAGGCCUUCUAUAAGACCUUCUCGAAGGACAGUGACGACCCCCUGGCUCACAUCCACUUCACUGCUGAAGGUGAAGUUACCUUCAAGUCCAUCCUGUUCAUCCCCACUUCGGCUCCACGUGGCCUCUUUGACGAGUAUGGCUCAAAGAAGAACGACUACAUCAAGCUGUUUGUCAGGAGAGUUUUUAUCACAGAUGACUUCAACGACAUGAUGCCCAAAUACCUCAACUUCGUCAAGGGAGUGGUUGACUCUGAUGACCUUCCUCUGAAUGUGUCUAGAGAAACUCUGCAGCAGCACAAACUGCUCAAGGUCAUCCGCAAGAAGCUGGUCCGUAAGACUUUGGACAUGAUCAAGAAGAUUGCAGAUGAUCAGUACAACGAAAAGUUCUGGAAGGAGUUUGGAACCAAUGUCAAACUGGGCGUCAUCGAGGACCACUCCAACAGAACCCGUCUGGCCAAACUGCUCCGCUUCCAGACGUCCAACAGCGACACCGUCCUGUCCAGUCUGGAGCAGUAUGUGGAGCGCAUGAAGGAGAAGCAGGACAAAAUCUACUUCAUGGCAGGAACCAGCAGGAAGGAGGCGGAGUCGUCUCCCUUCGUUGAGAGGCUGCUGAAGAAGGGCUACGAGGUCAUUUACCUGACGGAGCCUGUGGACGAGUACUGCAUUCAGGCGCUGCCAGAGUUUGAUGGAAAACGCUUCCAGAAUGUGGCCAAAGAGGGCGUCAAGUUUGAGGAAAGUGAGAAGGCCAAGGAGAAGAGGGAGGCCCUGGAGAAGGAGUUUGAGCCUCUCACUACUUGGCUCAAGGACAAGGCCCUGAAGGACAAGAUUGAAAAGGCCGUUCUCUCUCAGAGGUUGACCAACUCGCCCUGCGCUCUGGUUGCCAGUCAGUACGGCUGGUCAGGAAACAUGGAGAGGAUCAUGAAGGCUCAGGCUUACCAGACAGGAAAAGACAUUUCCACAAAUUAUUAUGCCAGCCAGAAGAAAACACUAGAAAUCAACCCCAAACAUCCCCUUGUCAAGCAGAUGCUCAACAGAGUCAAUGCUGAUGCCGAGGACCAGACCGCAUCAGAUCUCGCAGUGGUUCUGUUUGAGACGGCAACUCUGCGCUCAGGAUACCAGCUGGCCGACACAAAAGCUUACGGAGACAGAAUAGAGCGCAUGCUCCGGCUCAGCAUGAAUGUUGCUCUGGACGAACAGGUUGAAGAAGAACCUGAGGAAGAGCCAGAGGAGCCAGCAGAAGAAGAGUCUGAAGAUAAAGAUGAAGAAGCUAUAGAUGAUGAUGAUGACGAAACGGCAGAGCCAAAGGAUGAACUGUGAAGCACUGAGAAGGAUGAUGUGACAAUGGAGCUGGAAAUUAGAGUUCUUGUUCCAUUGGUGUUGUGUUUAAUGUUAUCCUGAGUGGGGUCCUGGGGAUGGGGCUUUUUUUAAGAAGACCAUUGUUUGGGUUUUUGUGUCUUUUUUUUUUUUUUUCUUUCUUUUUUUUUUUACAUUCCUCAUGACUGUAAAUUUGUUAAUAUUUAACUGAACUGUUUAUGGAAAGAUGCAAUUCCGUCUAUUGAUCAAAUAAAUGUUACCACAAAAAUCUAA